UUUAGAUACAUUAUUAAUUAAAUUAACGAAAAAAACAUAUAAUUAUUAAUAAAUUAUUAACAUUAUAUAAAAACUGAUUUGUGAAUUGUGUUUAAGUGUAUUUUCUAGUAUAUUUUAAUUUAUUUUCUUGCCAAAUUUAUCUUUUUUUUUUUUGAAUUACCCCAUGGAGGCUUUAAUGCAUAACUUGCAACAACAACAACUACAAUUGCAACAGCAACAUUUCUAUGUAGAUGACCUGAUAAAUAUGGAAAAUUUCGAAAAUGUUGGAGAACCUCCUCUACCACCGCCACGUAAAUAUGUAUCAAUUUUCCAUAUAGAUGGUGAACCCAUAUUACCGCCAUUGAUGACAACCGAAAAAAGACGACAAAUGCAAAAGCUAAAAGAAAAAGCCUUAAAAAUAGAACAACGCAUACGAGAACGAAAACAGCGAGCUAAUGGAGAAAUUAAUCUUAUAAAUGAUGAGAUAAAAAGUGAAUCAUCACGAUCCUCACUUCAUAAUGCAGGUGGUGGUAACAUUUCGCAACGUUCCCAAGAUUACUAUGAAAGUAAACUUAAAGAAACGAAAGAAUCUAUGAUGUUAUUACAAAACCUUAUAAAACGACAAACAGGAGGCAUAGAAGAAACAUCUAAAGAAACUGUAAAUACUGCAUGCAAUACAACAGCAAAUUUUCAGCGAGAUGAUAAUCAAGAAAAGUUGCAAAAAUUACAAAAAUCAGAAAUAUUAAUCUAUGAUAACUCUACAAAUGAAGUAAUACAAGUACCAGCUGAUAAGGACAAAAAAUUGUUUGAAGAUCAAAGGAAAAAUGUUAAGGAAACUAACGUUAACUAUGAGCUACCCAAAAAACCCAGUCAUUUGCUAUUGGCUGGAGUAAAUAGUAAAGGAAUGACGGCAAUACCAUCAAUAUGUCUUAAUCCCCCCACACCUUUAACGGUGAAUAGAAAUAUGUGUGAGACUUUAAGCGCUGCAGGCAGUAGCGAGUCUUUAAUUAUUUCCAAAAAACCAAAUAUCUCUUUACAAGAAGAUUAUAGUUCAGAUGAAAGUUUUAGCAGUAUGAUAACACAAUCAGAUAAAAGAUCGACACGAAGAAUUAGCAAAUCUAAUACAAAACCUGAACGAGGUGUUAGUGCUGAAAGAAAACCCUUGACUCCAGUGAAAAAUGUAUCCGCCAAAAUUCAACAAUUUGAGGCCAUCAGCAGUGAUACCAAUAGUCCUCACACAAGUCCGGAGAAAUUAUAUAAGAGCCGGAAAGCUUGUUUAGGAACUACAACUGGUACUAUGAGUCGUUCAGCUACUAGUCCUUCCAUAAAACUAACCAACAGCAAUCGUUCAUCUUCAUCAAGAUCACAAAGUUUAGCUCAAGAUUCAGACAAUUCACCAGAAAAUAAUUUAGUACGUUCAUCAUCUUUCACCUUAGAGGGACCUUCAAAAGCUCUUAUCGAUCAUAUGCAACAGCAAAAAACUAUAACUGAAAACAAAACUGCCGUUAAAUCUCCAUUAAAUACAACACGUUCUAUAGCUAGGAAGCCCAUAAUAUCACCCUUAAGAGCCCACCGGGAUACAGUCGAAUCGAAAGCCAAAAAAGUGCAAAAAGUGGAACUUAAGUCAUCCAAACUAAAGACUCAACAGAAAGUCUCACAAAGUAAAUUGGCACAGGCUGCUGUAGCCUCUAUAUCCCCCUAUAAUACCAACGCCCUAACCCAGCAUACUACUAAUAAUUUGUACAAAACAAAACGAUCACCCUAUGACAUUGCAAAAACUUCUCAUACAUCCCUAACACAAACAUUACCGAAGACAUCUACUACACAAAUGCGUAAAUCAAAUUCCACCUCAAAUAAUUUGGCUCAAAAUAAAAGUUCUAAAACUAAAAUUACAUCACAGACAUCCACUCCUACGACAUCAACAGCAUCCAACUCUGCUAGAACUCCUCAAAAUGCUAAUGGUUCCAUUAACCAAAUGGAUAAGUUACAAAAAGAUAAAUUUAUGCGUUUAUUAGCGCAACAGGAAGAAGAACACCGAAAAUUGCAACAAUCCUUUGAAAUGCAACAGAAAAUGUUAAUCGAACAACUUAACCGAGAAAUGGCAUCAGCACAAUUAAAAUCACCCAAUAAUUCUUAUAAUUCUUCUAUAAAAAGACAAGAACAACCCGCACUCUCUCUUCAAUUACAAAAUCAAUUGAAUUUAACAGGUUUUUCAUCGGAAACCGGUUCAAAAAAGCCUACAACUCCCUCAUAUGACUUUAAACAAGCCAAGUCUUAUGCUAAGCAACAAACACAACAGCCAUCUCCUUCUUCAAUUAGUAAUAAUAGUUCAUAUGUAUCUAUGGCUAAAAAUGAUUCAUUAACUACUAAUUCCCAACAUUCAUCAUAUGGUUCUCAUUAUACUCAAACAUCGCAAAUCAUUCCUUUGCAUAAUUCCUAUCUAAAUACAAUUGAUCAUUCAAAUGCUAAUACUUCUUUGGAUAUUUCCACGCUUUCAACUCAAACUUCUCCUGAUACUUUAUGUGCUACACCUAUAAUACAAAAUAAUCCUGUUACUACGACAUCAUCAUCAUCACGACGCAGAUUAUUUACAGAAAUGAAUGAUGUAGACUGUGAGCGAAAUAAUCUAACAUCACGUUCUACCGGUAGUUCAACGCAUUCUUCGGGACAUCGUCCAGAUGAUUCGAACAGAAGUCCAAAGUCUGCUCUAACAAAUCAUGAUAGUAAUAGACGUCUUCAUUACUAAAAUGUAAAACUAACCCAAGGAUUUAAAAAUAAUUUAAAAUAAGUAGCAAAAACAAAACUCAAGACUUAAUUAACUGUAGAAACUCCCAAUUACAACUGGAGCAAUUUAGAAAAUAAAUUCCAAGCUCAAGUGCACCUUAACAAGUUUAAAUAUUUUACCCACUCAAGUAUUAAAACAAUAUAAUUUUUUUACAAUAAUAAUAACAACUAAUCUAUAAAUGUGCCUUGUUAAAAAAUAUAAAAAAACCACCAACUAAAAAGUAGUUAUUAAAAAUUUCUAAAUAAAGUAAAAAAAACCCUUAAAUGCUCAUAAUAUUUUAGCACCCUUCAAAAUUUAUAACAAAUUAUAUAACAUAUUAUAUAAUCAACUAAUUUUCUUUUAAAAUUAUUAAUAAAUUUACUAAUCUAAAAUAUUU